CAGUUAUACGUACGAAUGUAUUAACAGUUUUGACAUUUUACUUUUAAGUACAUUGUGCGCCGAAAAUUUGGUUCAUUAUACAAACCAAAUGUAUUUGCGAUACCCGGUAUUUUCAACAAGCAGAAACACCGACAUAAUAAAUAGUCAAAAAAAAGUAUUCGCUCAGUGUAUACACUAAACACAAAAAUACUAAAGGACGAAUUGAAAUCUCAAGUGAAAUGCAAGAAUUAAUCGAAUCUUUAAAUAGUAUUGGCUAUGAAGGUGACUGCCUCCAAGCAGCCAAAAUUGAGGAGAUAUUAGACAAUGGGACGACAUCAACACAAUUUCGGAAUCUUAUUUCUUGGAUAACUGGCGAAAUAAGUGUUUUGCUGAAUCUGGAUGAACAGAUACAUCCAGAUAGUGAAUCAACGGAAUUCGUUUUGGAAUUGUCGAGUUUGUUGAAAGAACUAAGUUGUCCAUAUUCGGUAUUGAUCAGCGGGCCAACAGCGCAGCGAUUUCAAUCAAAACAGGAUCGUUUAUUGUUACUUAAUUAUCUUAUCAGUGAACUAAUGGCAGCGAAAAUGUGCCAUAAGCUGAACCCACAUAAGAAAGUGGUGAUCGAAAUUUUGGAAAGCGCACCAGCGAUUGCAUUGAAGUCUGUAACUCAAAAUCUUAGUUUGGGUAAACCACCACCAAAUAUUACACCAAAGGUUUUCUUCGAAAAACUGCUUGGGAAAUUUUCGGAAAUUUUCAAGAAAAAUGAACAAUUAUGGGGAAAAACGCUUUUCGCGCCGAGCAGAUCAUUAACCUUUGAAGAGUGGAAAAAGUUAGAAAAGCUGCAAAACGAAUUGGAUAAUGAGUACGAUUUGAGACGAGAAAUGUUACUUACACGAUUAGAUGUCACUAUUCAAUCGUUUCAAUGGUCUGACGCGGCGAAAAAUAAGGGUAACGUCAUAGCGGAAUGCUAUUCGAAUAAACGCCAGGAACUGGACCAGAUUCUGCACCGUAACAAAACGACCGAUAUUAUUGAAUUGUUAGCAGCUCGUGAUGACAUUUUGCACGUCGAAAAAACUAGUUCAGCCAAUGUGCGGAAAAAUACGCAGAGUGAUAUUCAAAAGCAUAUUAUUGGCAUGGUACCAGAUCGUGGUGGCCGUGCGAAUGAGCAUCAACCACCACCACCGGAAAUGCCAACUUGGCAAAAAAAUCGAAGUCAAGGCGGUCAGGGCAACCAAGGUGGAGGAAAUCGGGGUUUUAAUUACAAAGGACAAAACCCGCAGCAACAAAGAAAUUACCAACAAAGUUACCAGCAGCAGGGAAAUUAUUCUGGAAACAAUUACAAACAUCCAAAUACUGGCUCAGGCGACGCGAACUAUUAUAAUAAUCGAGGUGGGGGUAAUAAUCGAGUGCAAGGGGGAUGGUCUCAAUCAGGUGGAGGCAAUCAGUCCAAUGAAAACUAUCGCAAUUAUGGCCAAAAUCAGCAUCGAACUGAAAACUAUUACGGUUCAAGUGGAAAUCAGAACGCUGGAGCUGGUAGAGGCAAUUACUAUGGACAAAAUCAAAGUCAGGAUUACAAUCGCAAGGGCGAUGGCUACAACAGAGGUCAAUCGAAUUACAAUCGGGGAGGACGACGCUAAAUAUUUCAAUAAAAUUGAAUACAACUGCAUUAAUGUUAAGCAACUGAAAAAUUCAGCGCAAAGAUUUUUAUUCACGCAUUUUUUAUGAUAAUUUUUUUAAAAAAAUAAUACUAGUUUAAAUAAACAUUUCCAAGAUACUUGAUUAUA